AUGGCGUCUUGGCGCGAAAGUACCAAGAAACAAUACCGCACAUAUCUUACUAGGUGGAAACAGUUUUGUGCUGAGAGAAACAUUAAUUGGUCCAAUGCUACGGUUGAGCAGGGCAUAGAUUUCCUGGCAAAUUUAUUUGAACAGAAAUUGAGCUACAGUGCUAUAAAUACAGCAAGGUCAGCGUUAUCUGUGAUACUAACACCUAAAGACGGGACGUCAUUUGGAGAAAACCGACUAGUAUGCCGGUUUUUGAAAGGCGUAUUUGAAAUUAAGCCAGCAUUGCCAAAAUAUAAGAAAAUGUGGGAUGUUGGACAGGUCCUAACUUACGUAAGGUCACUAACUCUGAACUCUGAACUUUCUCUAAAGCAGCUUUCCCAUAAAUUACUAAGUAAUGCUACUGGCUCUCCUAACUGGACAACGUUGUCAAACUAUUCACAAACUUAACAUACAACUUAUGCAGAAGUUGCCAGGGAAAUACAUAUUCACCAUUGGGGAAAAGCUCAAACACACCAAGCCAGGAACUCAUCAAAAACCAAUAGAACUCUUGAGCUAUGCAGACAGCGACCUGUGUGUUGUUCGACAUUUAGACGAAUACAUUCAUCGGACGACAUCAAUACGAACAGACAAUUCACAAUUGUUGAUCAGUUUCAUAAAACCACACAAUCCGAUAUCGAAAGAUACGGUAGCGCGUUGGAUCAAGGAAGUACUCAGAGAUGCGGGAAUAGACACAAAUAUAUAUUCUUCGCACAGUAGCAGAGCGGCUGCAACAUCAUAUGGAUUCGCGAAGGGAGCUAGACUUACCGAAAUUCUUGAAGCAGCAGGAUGGUCCAACGCUCAGACUUUCGCCUCAUAUUAUCAAAAACCAAUUGUGACAGACACGCUGGGAAAUAAUAUUAUGCAGGCGUUUGCAGCAGACGCUGAACGAGAUCGAGUUUAG